UAAGAUCCCUUUCUCUUCAGUGUAACCGGAAGUGAACAGCGACAAAGUACAAUUUACACGUUAGCAUUUUUAUUUGUUAUUUGGACGUUUAUUAACACACUGGAACUCAAAAUAUGACUAAUUAGCUGCAGAAGCACAUACAUACACCCUAUAGUAUUUAAUUCGCAGGGAUUGGUUGAUAAAUGUUAUAUAGUUAACGCCAGUUAGCUAGCUGUGAACAUUAGCCAACAUGGCUAACUGUGUGGUUUUUCACACUCAAAUAGCCUCCAUCAUGGAGGUGCUAGCGAAUGCAGCCGUGGCAGAUAUCUGUAAACUCGUAGACGACGACUAUGCAGUGUUUCGUUUGGAAAUGACUCGAAGCCAGAAAGAAAACAGGGCAUUGCGGAGGAAACUACACCUAUUGGAACCAAAGGUUGCACGGGAGCGCGCAGAUAGAACAACGCGAGAGCGCGUCCUCGCCAGUCGUCCCAGUAGUGUCAAGAUCCUCGACCGAAACAGAGGAAUGGCAAGAGGUGAAGGACAUCUCACUGGAGGCUACAGGAGCUUUGUGAAGCAAGCGGGACACAAAACAUGUAGAGAUGACCAACCAAUCACUGUUGACGAGGGGAGAGGAACCUCAACCCAGAACGUUAUUGUGAUAGAACCUGCAGAUGCAGAGGCUGCAGGUCCUGGGGUCAAGCUGGAGAGGUCUGAAGGAGACGAGGACCCACGACACAGCAGAAACAUCCAGACUGGAGCGGCUGGAGUGCCUCCUGUAGCCACAGAGGAUCCCUCCACCACCCUAGUGCCGCCCAGGAUCCGACGCAGCAUCACAGAGGACAGUGGAACGCAGGACACCAGCCUCAAGUCAGAGACAGACACUUUAACUGUAACACAAAGGAUUUUACACACCAGAUCUGACCCACAGAUACUGGGGCUGGGGGGACUGGGCUGUCGUUCUUCUCCCAGCUCAGAGUAUUUACUUUACGGUAACCCGAGGACGGUUCUGUCCCAUCAGGACUCAGGUAACUCAUUACAGACUGGCAAUGAUCCAUCUUGUUCUUACACUGCCGAGACAGGGAUGAUACCUGGUGACAUGUCUGUGGGCUUAGAUACACAGACUAAUCCAAUGAGAGGAGACUGGAACCGGUACAGUAGUAGUGUAUAUUCUACAGAGUGCCUAGAUGAGAAAGGGGAUGGUCUGGCCUUAGAUGAUGUGACUGUGAAAGUGGAGGGCGACGCUCCUCUGACAUGGAAUGAAGUCGAGACUCAUUUAGGAGAAGGACACUCGCAGGGCAACAGCAGAGACUUCUUAGACUACAGGGAAAACUUAGAGACAAAUCUAAAUGUCACGACCAAUUCCUCUUUACACUCAGUGUCCAUGUCGAUGGCACCUUCCGAUUCACAAGGCCUAUUCGAUCAGGUAUUGAACUCAAACGACCAAAGAUCCAAGGCUCGGGGAGGGGGAGCAAAAACAGGCGGUAAAGAGAAGCGGUUCCUCUGCAUGUUCUGUAACAAAGGCUUCAGCUGCCCUCAGAAGGUGGAGAUCCACCAGAGGGUACACACAGGGGAAAAACCCUACAGCUGUACCCAGUGUCACAUGCGGUUUGCCCAUGCUGGCAACCUAAAGAGGCACCAGAGGGUCCACACAGGGGAGAAACCCUACAGCUGCCAACAGUGUGAGAAGCGGUUCUCCCACCAGCACCAUCUGAAGAUGCACCUGAAGGUCCACACGGGAGAGAGGCCAUUCAGAGAGUAACUACCUGAGGAUACAGCAGCAGAAAAAACAUUCCACUCUAUAACAUAGAAAGUAACCAUUCCACUUGAUAGCUUCUGACUUUGACAUCAAAUCCUGCAUUAAAGACAAAGAUUAAUGUUGUCAACAGAAAAGAUCCACAGAUGCAUUUGGAAUAAUUAGAAUUAGGCAACAGAUUUCAGUGCUAAAUUUUACUGGGAAGAAUAUUGCAUCCAGACAUAAUGAUAUAUAAUGCAUAUAUACCGUAAGCCUAAUGAAUCUGUUACAUAUUGUAUUUGUACUGUGUAGGUUAUAUGAUGUUCACAAAUUCCUAUUUCAUUACAUCCAUUCAAUACUUUAUAUUAAUGCAGUUUAUCAAGUUCAUGCAGAUGUAUGUGUGGUUUAAAACGUGUAUGUUUAAUAAAUAAACAUUUUGUUCUCCUUA